UGAAAGCAUCAUCUCGACUUGACCCAAAAGCGCGCUCCCGGCUUUACGUGGCUUCUCCCCCCCUCUCUACGUCGUGCGUGCGCGCCCCCUCUAUCGCGUGGUGGGGAUCAUCCAUAUUGCUGCUAGUGGUAGAGUUCAGGUUGUAAUCUUGAGAGGCCCUCGGACACGUUUCUUUAUUUUUAUAUAUGUUUUAAUCCAACGCUGACUACUCUGCGUCUUAGACUGAAGAUCUUUUGGUCUAGGAGCGACAGAGGAGCGGCAGACUCCGCGGAACAACUUCACAUUUCCUUGAAAUUGAAGACGAAUUCGGGCCGGGGGGAGGACUGGUAAUCCUGAGGGGGGAAGAAAGACGGUGGUGGGAAAUGGCCACUCAGGUGGAGACUCUCCUGCCCGGCAACCCGCUAGCCAAAGCGGAGGAGCACGGUAAAGUGAUCCGCGGUGAGCCGGAGGAAGAGGAGGGCGGCCGGGGCGACGGGGCCAAGCGGCAGACGGGUGUCGCCGACCAGGGGAGCAGCAGCGGCGGCAGCAGCCCCGGGCAGGGAGGGACCCCCGGAACGGAGGAGCAAACCUCCAAACGGGCGACAGAGGAGAGCAAAGGAGACUGUGACAGCGAAGACAAGCAAAACGAGGAGGGUGUUAAAAGCAGAAAGGAGUUUACUGAAGCUCCCCCGCCCAAGGUGAACCCGUGGACUAGGAAAAUGAACGCGGUGACCGUGGUCAGCGUGAAUGGACAAGCACACCACGAGUCUACUGGCCCCGCCAAGGUGGUGAGAGCAGGGAACCCCCCCAAAGGCAGACGUGGAGGAAAGGUCGGCGACUUUGGCGACACCAACAGCUGGCCGACUCCAGGGGAGAUCGCAACUAAAGACAUGCAGAUUGAGGCAGUGACACGGACCGUGUCCUGCCCGCCGACUGUCAGGCAGGUCAGAGACUCAUGGAAAUCCACUGGUCCCAAAAAGACGACGACAACGACCAAGAAGGAGUCGAAGGAGAAGAGGGAGAUCAUCGAGGAGAGCAAGGAGAACCUGAAAGCCAAGUCAGACGACUCUGGAGAGGAGAAGAACGGCGAUGACGACUCCCAGAAGAACGGGCCGAAGAAAAAAGGAAACAAGCAGAAGUGGGUUCCCCUGAUGAUCGAGGUGAAGUCUGAGGGUCCCAGAGAGCGCUCGGCCUCCAGGAACAACAGCAGACAGAACGAAAACCCCCGCGUGCCUCCCAACGCCAGGAACGACCUCAGAGACUGGCACAGUCAAAAGUACGAGCGGGAGUGGCACGACGACCACGACGAGGUAUCCAGCGUGAAGAGCGAGGGAGCGCCUUUCCGCGGAGGGUUCAGAGGUCGUGGACGUGGCAGAGGAAGAGGCCGGGGACGAGGAAGAGGUGGCGCAAGAGGCCACUAUGACUACCACUACGGCUACAAGUCCUACGAUAUGAAAGACGGACCCUACGCCCAGAAGUUCGGCAACACAGUUACCUACUACUACGACAACAUGAGCAGCAACGACCUUUACUCCGUCGAUCAGGACCUGCUGAAGGACUACAUCAAGAGACAGAUUGAGUACUACUUCAGCCUGGACAACCUGGAGCGUGACUUCUUCCUGAGGAGGAAGAUGGAUCAGGAGGGCUUCCUGCCCGUCGGACUCAUCGCCAGUUUCCACAGAGUGCAGGCCCUCACCACGGACGUCAACCUCAUUCUGGAAGCUUUGAAGGACAGUAAGGAAGUUGAAGUGAUCGACAUGAAGAUCCGUCGUAAGGUGGACCCAGAGAAAUGGCCUCUGCCAGGCCUGGCCAUGCCUAACCAAACCCACACCGACUUCUCUCAGCUCAUCAACUGCCCUGAGUUCGUCCCAAGACAAAUGACCGAGGAGGAGCCCAGAGGGUCACCCAGAGCCUCCACACCGGUGAAACAAAAGACCAAGACCGAAUCAGACAUCUCCAACCUCAAGACGAUGCCCAAGGGCCUCUCCGCCAGUCUUCCAGACCUGGACUCUGAGUCCUGGAUUGAGGUCAAGAAGAGGCCUAGACCAUCGCCGGCCAGACCCAAGGUUAGCGCAGAGAAGGCCCCCUCGUUGCAGCAACAGAAGGAAAAGGACGAUUCAGUUCGCUCCCCGGUGCCCCAGACUGGCCCCGCCCCUACUACCUCAGGAAAUAAGGACGGAGCGGAGCAGGACGAACCGGAGGAGCUCGACUUCAUGUUCGACGAGGAGAUGGAGCAGAUGGACGGGCGACGCAACACCUUCACCGACUGGUCGGACGAGGAAACGGACGGGGAGAUCGACGACCAAGACGUCAACAAGAUCUUGAUCGUGACGCAGACGCCACCCUACUUGAGGAAGCACCCGGGUGGCGACCGCACGGGACACCACACAUCGCGCGCUAAACUGUCCACCGAGCUCGUGAAGGUGAUCAAUGACGGGCUCUUCUACUACGAGCAGGACCUGUGGGACGACACGUACGAGCCCGAGUACGCCACCAUCAAGCAAGAGGUGGAGAACUUCAAGAAGGUCCACCUGAUCAGCCGCGAAGAGUUCGACUGCCUGACUCCUGAACCCCCUGUCGACCCCAACCAGGAGGUUCCGCCAGGCCCCCCACGACCCCAGCAGAUCCCCACAGACGCUUUGGCGAACAAACUCUUCGGCGCCCCCGAGCCCUCCUCAAUAGCUCGCUCGCUCCCUACUACCGUGCCUGACUCGCCCAACUACCGCAGUGCCCGGACGCCCCGCACACCUCGCACGCCUCACCGGAAGGACCAGACCAUGACGCCGCGCUUCUACCCAGUGGUCAAGGAAAGUCGGCCCGUAGAUGCCAAGACACCCAGAAAGAGGAAGACCCGACACAGCUCCAACCCACCCAUGGAGUGUCACGUCGGCUGGGUGAUGGACUCCAGAGAGCAUCGCUCCCGUACUGCAUCUGUCAGCUCCAACGCCAGCCCGUCAGAGGGCACCCCAGUCCUGGGUAACAUUGGCUGCACACCUCAGUCCCUCCCCAAGUUCCAGCACCCAUCACACGAGCUGCUCAAGGAGAACGGCUUCACGCAACACGUUUACCACAAGUACCGCCGGCGCUGCCUAAACGAGCGAAAGCGACUGGGUAUCGGCCAGUCACAGGAGAUGAACACACUCUUCCGGUUCUGGUCCUUCUUCCUGCGAGAUCAUUUCAACAGGAAGAUGUACGAGGAGUUCAGACAGCUUGUGGUCGAGGACGGGAAAGAAGGAUACAGGUACGGUUUGGAGUGCCUGUUCAGGUACUACAGUUACGGUCUAGAGAGGAAGUUCAGGCCGGACAUUUUUAAGGACUUCCAGGAGGAGACCAUGAAAGACUAUGAAGCUGGCCAGCUUUAUGGACUGGAGAAGUUCUGGGCCUUCCUUAAAUACUCUAAAGCCAAGACUUUGGAUAUCGACCCCAAGCUGUCGGAGUACCUGAGCAAGUUUAAACGUCUGGAAGAUUUCAGGAUUGACCCGCCUAUGGAGGAAGGAGGCCGCAGAAGACACUCGUCCAGCGGAGACGGUCGCCGCCGGCACCCCUCUCAACCCUCCUCCAUCCGACCCCACAGCCAGGCCAGCUCAGGCCCGAGCCCCGCCCCCACCGCCCAGGGCCCUGCAACCAAGGAUGAUGCCAAACCCACCAGCCACAAAGCCCCCGCCGCUGACCCUGCAUCAGAUGCCAAGACACUGAAGUAACUCCACCAACACGCCCAGGCCGACAUGGAUAAACUCAACCACGCCUGCAAGUUGCUGGUUCUCUCUGCGCCACAGGAGGGGGGAGGGGGUGGGGGGUAUCCAGCUUUUCAUUCAAGCAUGAGAAUUUUUUUUUUUGCCCCUCCUUACGACGACUUAAAAAGAGAUAAGGAAGACAAAUAUUAAUAUGGUUUAUGAAUUAGUUUUAAGUUUUUGAGGAAAAAAAUGACCUUUUUUGUCUUUAUGAGGCAGGAAUGGAUGAGGUGUCAAACACUUUUUUUCUUUUACAGAUCAUUGCCAGUCCACACGGUGGAUGGUUCAGUGAUUUACUAUCAUUGAAAUGUUUUUUUUUUUUUUUUUCUACACACAUUUUCAUGUUGACCCCCCCCUCUCUGUCACUGGGACCCCUCUUUUUGAUCGUCACUGUCCUGCUGGCUGAAAGAUAUUUGAUUCCUCGCCCAGAUCUCAGAUUUAUGAUUAUUAUUUCUUCGGCAUGUGGUGAGAUUGUAAGACCUGGAAAUAGUUUGAACAACACUGAGCAUCUGAAAAGCCCCCCCCCCCCCUGCUUAAGAGGAGGCCGUGCUGCUCCUGACAUCCAACCGGACCAAAGUGGUUUGAACCGUGCGACUGACAUUUCCAUCCGCGGAGCCCCCCUCCCCCCCUCUCCUCCUCCUCCCCAGUGCUCUCAGUUGAGGGGCUGAAAAUUAAAAAAAUUUACUUUAUGGCUGGACUUUGAGGGGAAAAUAUUGAAGAACCAAAUGAUAAAAAAAUAGUUAAAAGAAAAAAAAGAGAGAGACUUGCACCAAUCCCUCAGUGUGGACACGAUCAUUGAAAGUUGCCUUAUUUUAAUGGUUUUACUGCUUCUAACUUGUGCCCGCCACCUUGUUGUCGAUUGUACAGCAUUGAAAUCACCCAUAUAUCUGCUCACCAUUUCCAGCAGAGGUCACCAGGUGGUGCUCUGUCUGCCGAACUGUCCCCCCCGUCAUCCUUUUCUGAACUGUCUUCCAAGUGUCACUCGGUCUGUUACAAGUCCUGUAAUUCUUCCCUCUGUUUGCAAGUCGUGGCUUUUUGUGCUGAAACACGUCAACCUGGUGGAAGUUUGUCACCUUUCUUCCCCCCUCCCCUUGAAAAAAAAAACAAAAAAAACACUUCAGUGGGGUGGAGAGUCCCCGUUGAUCCCCACAUUGGAUGCUUCCUGACUUUCUCUCCUCCCCCACCCUCCUCUGCGCCUCCCCCAUCAAGAUGAGCUGCAUCCAUCCGUUCGACAUCCAUCCAUCAGUUGACGAUUGUGACGAUCAGGACUGGAAUCAUCAAUCUGGAUUACUUGAAGAAGCGAUGAUUACGAGGAGGUGUUCUGUCGCAGGUGCUCUGGGUGGAGACGCCGACGAGGCUCAGACAUUUAGCCUCGGACAUAACCGCUAAAACCGACGUCGGCUGAUUGGGCCUCGGGGCGCUCGCCACCUCUUCCCGUUUCUCUCACACACACACACCUACACACACACACACACACACACACACACACACACACACACACACACCUACACACACACACACACACACACACACACACACACACAAACGGAUACACACAUCAGUUACAGGCACGAACACUGACGCAGGUACAGAUGUAGCAGCGUGAGCGAGCUUAAUACUAAACACACACAGACAGACACAGCUCAAUGUCUUGCCUCACUGAGGAGAAAAAUUCAAGACUGGAUUGUUCGUACACACUCUUCAGUCGUCACACUUCUACAGUCAGCUGUGUGGAUAAUUCAACCUCAUCCAGCUCAAGUACUGAUGAUAUCAAUUAGUGAUUCUUUUUUUUUUCUCCACUAAUGUAAAUGUGAAUUUGACAGAUGAAGAGAAAUGAUCACAGCUCCCUGCUAUGUGUUUUGUUUAUAGAACAGAUUAUAUAUUUGCCUUACACAUGUAUGUACUCUAACUUUUUUUUUUUUUAAUGGUCUCAUGAUUAUCUUUUAAUGCUUUUUAAUUUCAUUUUGCAGUGUUUCUAGCGUUGUUGUUGUUGAUAUGAUGGAGGUGGAUGGAGGUUUGCGCCGGGCUGUUUAAAAAAAAACAAAACGUGUGGAUUUCAGAAACGGGAACAUGCUUCACAACACAAAAGGGAAAGCUGACAUCAGGGCGUCGACAAGUAUUCAGAGCAAAAACUAAAUCUGUUAAGCUUAUAGUAUUUCAUGUUGAAAUCAGUUAAUUUGCUCUUUUUUUUUCUUUUUUAGUAAAGAUGUUUUUGCCAAGAUGACAGAGAUGUUAACAUGACUCAAACUAAUUAAGCCUCCCGGUUUGCUACAAACUAAGUCAGUGAAGUCUACAGACAGAAGUUAUUUGAUUUUGUUUUUUUGGAGUUUGAAUUGAACAAGAAGAAAAAUUCUGGAAAAAAAAACUCUUAAGUCUUAACACACGUGUUGAUAUCCAGAUGCUUCGUUGACACAUUGUAACGUUUGUUGCGAACUUUUUGCUCCCAAGUAAAAUGAGUCAAGAAAAAAAUGCAUUUGAGGAAUUGAUUUGAAAGCGGCCUGACAAUUUUUUUUUUUUUUUUUUUUAAGAUUUCAGACACUUCUGUCUGUCUUUUCGUAAGUCUUGGUCCUUAACAUCAAAAUCCUUCAGACUGGAGGUGGAUUUCACAUUGUCCUGUUAGUGUUUUUGUUCUUCAGUUUCUUCCUCUGAAUCCACAAUUGUUGGAAACGUUAAAAAUGCAAAGCAAAAGCUGUACUUUUUUUUUUUUUUUCCGUUUUGUUUUGUUGGUUUAUCUUCAGGGAGGUUUGGAUCAGUUUCAGAGGCUUACAGUUGCAACAAAGUGUUUACUGGAGGUUUAAAAACAGAAAAUAAGAGCUACAAAAUAUUCAGUCAAGAAAAAGAAAAAAAACUCUUUUCCCCAAAACCAGCAAAGCCUUUGAAUGGCUGAGCUGGUGUGUGAGGCUGCAGGCAUGACAGACUUGCCACUAGGGGGCCUUCUCCAUGGGACAGUCACAUGAACCCUCCCUCUAAUGUGAUCAUCACCUGUCACUGGACAUUUGGGGGAGUUUUCAGCCUUUCUCUAGCAGCAUAAAACUGCUACCAGCUGUCCUAAAAAAAAAAAAAAAAAAAAAAACUACAGGGGGCACCGCACCCUCCACUCGUCAGUUUUACAUGGACUUGGCCAGCUGGCCGGAAGCUGGAGAGAUGAGUGAUGGAUGUGGAAAUGGAAGGAGGAGCAGGAAAGGAGAAAAGAAAGAGCCCAACUGGGGUUUGUGAUGUUGCUCAGAGGAUUAUGGCUGGUUAUGAUGUCUGGAGACUGAAAAAAAAAAAAGGACAAAAAUCCAUAAAGCCAUAUGAAUAAGAUAAAACUGUAUAUGAACCAUUAAAAUAGUUCAUUACAUUACAAUAUCCUAGGCUUGUCAUGAGGAAAAAAAGCUGAAAACAAGGAAAAAAGGAACAAAAAAAAUAUAUAAAAUGGAAAAAUGUAAAAUACUUGAAUGAGAUCUUGUAUUAUAACAUUUAAUAUUCAUAAUAUCUGCUUUGUAGGCUGAUGUGAUUCGCUAUUAGUGUUAUUUGUAAUUUGUAGUAAUUCUGCUUUUCCUUAAUAAAGAAAAAAAAACACAAAACGGACAAAAAAACCUCAAAA